UUCAAUAAAAUUACAAAAGUAAAUGUGUAGAACGGUACAAAGUAAAUAUAUUUAUAAGAUAAAGUGAAAUAAUAUUUUUAUGUUGAUGUAGAAAGGUUGGUCUUUUUACAUAAAUACAUAUGAAAUAAAAAGAUACUUAAAAUACCGUCCUAAGGAUAUUAAGGGAAAGAAUGGCAGAUCAUUUAAAAGUUCCUUCAUCGGCGGGUGUAAAUUCGACGUUAUUGUCUGUUGCAGUACCACAAAAAUUUCAAAAUACCGGUUCCGCAACAGGAAAUCCACGUAAUAAAUGUGCUUUAAAACCUGGACAUUCUUUAAUGGAUUGGAUAAGGUUGGGAAAUUCAGGCGUUGAUCUAUCUGGUACUGGUGGACGGACAGUGUCCGUAACAAGAGAAGAAUUGGUAAAGCAUAACACAAGAAAUGAUGCUUGGAUAGCAAUAAAUGGUGUUGUAUAUAAUGUAACAAGAUAUAUGGAUUUUCAUCCUGGAGGUGUUGAAGAACUUAUGCGUGGGGUUGGUUCAGAUGCUACUAAACUCUUCAAUGAAGUACAUGCUUGGGUUAAUUAUUCGCAACUAUUGAAUAAAUGUCGUAUAGGCCCUCUUACAAACACGGUUAAAAUGGAAUCUAUAAUUAACGAAUCACCUAAUAAAACCCCAUUAGAUUUCUUUGCAAAACCCGUAACAGAGGUCGAUAUUGUUCCCCGUUUGGACUGGAUACAAAAACAGGACGAUAUAACUUUAUUUUUUUAUACGAAGCAGUUAUGUAAUCCAGGUUCUUUAAUACGGAAAAUAAAUAAUGAGGACAAUCAUAUUGAAAUGUGGAUAUUUAUUGGCUUUAAUCUUCACAAAUUUAAUUUUACAUUUCAAGGACGAGUAAAAUGGCCACCAAAACUAAUGCAAAUAUCUACUGAAAGUGGUAAAAUUGAGGUAAAAUUUAAAAAACAUGACGAGGAAAUUAAAUUGUGGAGUGAUUUGGGCAAAUAUAAAAAAUCGAAAAUAUUGUCUAGCUCUUCAGAGUAUGAGACAUCAUUGUUAGAUUUUAAAAUGUCUUACAAACAUCAAUUUAAUACAGAUUCUUUCGUCAUUUCAUUGAAAAAUGAAAACAUUAUUUAUACUCUUCCAAUAGGCUAUCAUGUAACAAUUGAAGAUUACGUAAAUGAAAUAAAAAUGACGAAAUGUUAUACACCUGUUCCUAAGAAAUAUAUUGAUAAAUACUUUAACAACGAAAUGGAUAUGGGUCACAAACAUUUUCUAAUAAAACAAUAUCCUCAUCGAAAUAGUUUUUCCCAUUACUUGUGCAAUUUAGAAACACAUACAACAUUGAAACUUUCCUUACCGAAGGCAAGUUUCAAACUGUCGACGUUAGCAUCGCAUAAAAGAUUGUGUUUUCUUGCAGCAGGCAGUGGUUUGACACCAUUUUUAGGACUCAUAGAUCAUCUAUUACAAAGAAACACUAAUCGAAUAGAUGUUUUAAAAUUGCUUUAUUUUAAUAAAACAUCGGCAGACAUUUGGUGCAAUGAAAUGUUAAAUGAUUUAUCUAUAAAUGAUGAAAGAUUUGAGAUUGUCAAUAUAUUGUCAAACGCUGAAGAGUCUUGGUCUGGUAAAAAGGGGAGAGUGUGUACAGAAUUAUUAUUUCCUAUUGUAAACAAAUCUAUGGAUAACAUUUCAUAUAUUGCUGCAUGUGGUCCAAAUAAUUUUAUCAUAAAUGUGGAAAAAAUACUUAACGAAUUAAAUUUUCCUAGUGAUAAUUUAUUUAUAUUUUAAAUACUAUUAUUAUAUUUUAAAUAUGUAAAUAAAUUAUACAGAACCAUAGUUAAAUUGAAAUGCCUAUAAAAUGUACGGAAUUUAAAAUUAAAAUAUCUAAUCAUUGCUAAUAUCUGUUUUAUAUAAUUCUCCAUAGUUAAGUGUUUGUAAUUUAAUUUAUCAAUAUCCUUACUUUAAAACAGUCAGUUUAAAAACAAAUAUCUGAGAAUUUAAAAUGAAAUCAAAAUACAUGCAAUAUUGGCUUAUUUUCUUAAA